AUGAGUGGGGGACACGGAGGAGCCAUGCGUCGCGGGAUCAAUGGUUUGUGCCUCAAAGCGCGCAAGGCCGUGCACGAGGGAGCCAACAUUGAUUGGGCGGGCAACAGCGAGCUUCUGAGAGGCCCCUGA